AUGGGGCAGCAGAGGGUCUGGACAAUCGUGCCCGUCACAGAGAAACCGGCUUUGCUUGCCUCAGAUUGUUCCCUCACAACUCACCGCGGCGGCUCCGCGAGACACAAUCGGUGUCUGAUGAACGUGUUGAUCACGUCGUCCGACGAUGCGGCAAUCGGAGACGGACAAGCAUCAGAGAGUUGGUGGGUUUGCUUUGGAGCGAGGCGUCAGUGGCAAGCUCGGCGAGAACGAUUGCGGUGUCGUUGCGACACACAUUCUUCGUCGUUCGCCAUGGCGCUCCACGUGCCGGUGUUGUUGAGGAAGGUGAGAUGCAAAUGCAGGUUCAUCACAGACCAGCGAACGCCAUGGAAGAGACGUCUGUUUGGGUCGUUCUGCGGCGGUGGAGUGCAUGGUGCUUUGUCAAAAGAGCAACGUUGCUUGUUCGCCCGUUCGUCGAGGUACCGAUCGGAUUCGAGGUGUUUUCGCCGCAAAUCAAGGCGGGCGCGGAGGCGCGUAGUGGUCCAUCCACGUCACGAUCGAGUGCAGCAGCAAGCAAAGUCCGGAGGUGAAAAGCUCUUCGUCGGCACGCGAGACGAGAAGAGCUGCAGGAGAGGCGGUAGUGUCGUCUGCGAACUGCCAUCCGACCCGACCGUGGAUUCGGCGCGCAUGAUGAAUGCGUGCGUGGAUGAGCGCCGGGGCAGGAGCGCUGUUAAUGCGAUCGUCCCUGGCACUUUCCUAGGACCCGCGCCGGCCAAUGGGAGGGCAGUUCCUGAUGGAUUUGCGUUUCAGAAGUGA